AUGGGACGAGGACAACGACAACUCCCCCCCCAAAAGGCCUGGUUUAUCAUUCCUUCCUUGUCUCAUACAAUUCUUCGUAGAAUGGAGGAUCCUUCGCUUCGCACGACUGUCCGUGUCGGGAACGACUAUCGCGUGAACGACGACGUCGACCUGGACGAAAAAGACGGAGGGGACGCUCACCUCCGCGACGAUGACGACGACUCCACAAACAGCCCUCGUCGUCGCGGUGUACCGCCGUUACUCCCCGCGGGUCGUCGUCGGAUGAUUCUGACCGACGAAGCGGACGAAGAGACGUCGUCUACCACUGUAUCGAGCCUCACAACCAAAGUCGGGUCAUCCUCGACACGACACCAGCCCCCCCGACCUUCCGUCCGUUCCGUCCGACACAGCGUACUCCCCACCCACGCGCCGGGACGUCGCCGACGUCGCUCGUCGGCACGCUUUUUGCGUCUCAGUGGUCAGCAUCAUUCCCGUCACAGUCGCAACGAUGGCACAAUGACAACGACGACAUCUUCGUCCGCGGCACAACUCGGCGAACUCUACAAACAAGCCAUUCGAAUGAACGCCGAGAAUAGGAUCAACGCCAGCAAUAGUUGGAAUCUAGCACUCAUUGAGAAUAUUGAUCAAUUCCUGCUCCUUGAAGAAGAAGAAGAAGAAGAACAGCACGAGGACCUCCCUCGCGAUCACCGCCGUCCCGAAAACGACAAGAAUCGACUCACUCUCAACAACGCGCAACCCACGCCAACGCCACGCCGUCAGCGCGUUAACUUUACCAAGGCAUCUUGUACACUUGACGCAUCGGUCAAGAUUUAUUCCUACCGGGUCGACGACGUACACCUUUCCAGUUACAAGGUGCUCGCCAAUCUCAACCGCAACGACCAAAACGCCAACCACAAGAACGCCGAUAGUGACAAAGACAAAAACACCCAUCCGGAUCCCGAUCACCACAAUGCUGGCAAUCACAAAAAAUCCACUCACUCGUCCCACGCAUCCACCUUGGAAACCAAUAUGGCCAACAUUAACCUCAACAAGCUCGAUGCCGCAUUCGAUAUUGAUCCACUCUUUCACAAAAUGUCCAAGACUUUUGAUGAAGGGGGUGCCAAGGGACUGCUCCUCGCAAAUCUGGGCGUCAGCAGUCACGGUUGCAACGUCGUCUUUGACAGUACCAGUAAUGACUCCAAUCCAGUCGCCGAAGAAAAAACAGAAGAUGACCGUCACGUUAACGAGACAACUUACGCUCCCGUUGACAUUUCCUCACUUCGCGCCAAACUCGAAGCUCUCGUCAACACAAACGACCCCGACGGCAACACCGGUGGUACCUUUUUGGAAGAUUUGGCGCUCGUCCCGCAGCUUACAUCCCUCCGUGCCGAACACGAUCGUCUCGCCGCGGAAGGAUUCGUUCUCGACGACAACCCGACGAUGACGAGCACCAAAAAUCGUGGUUCGCAACGCUACGCCCCCACAGCGGACGAAGAAACGCAGGCCGACCAAAGCAUUCACCAAGAAGCCUUGGAACGAAGUCGCCGGACCAACAAGUCGUUUCUAUCCGAAACGGACCAAGAAUAUGAAGAAAUCAUCGGUUCGAGUACAUCACAGCAGCCUCCGCAAUCAUUAUCGAUUGGAUACGACGACGCCGACGACUUUGGUGGUGGUUUUGACGAUGGGGACGACGAUGAUGCGGGUUUUGACGAUUUUCUCCAACGCGACCAGCAGGGGGCUCGGUAUUCCUCCAUAUCCUUCUCCGGAUCGGUGCAAAACUUUCAAGCCCAGGAAGGCGCAUCCGACACCGACGUACCGACAUCCACCGCAUUGUUGGAGGCGUUGCUGGGGUCGCAAGCGUUGACGGACCAGGAUCAGUACCGUUAUUUCGACGCCGAGUUGUUGUCGUCCGCCGUUCACGCGAAUAAUGCUUGGGCCGGAGCCACGCACUGGAAACGCACGCCCAAAGUUGCAACCACCACGGGACCUUCCGUCGCCAAGACCAAGUCUCAACGCAAGAAACCCCGUGCUUUGGUUGAUUUGACUGCCACGGCCUGUCUGGACGAUGUACUUCGUUCACCACCGAAGACGUCGAGUUUGUCCUGGAGUCAAGCCAUUGUGCAAAAGUACACGAAUGCGGAGCAUUCCAACCUGUUGCCUCCCGACGCCGAAAUGGACGUGGAGACUUUGUCGACCCUCUUUUUGCGGCCUCAGAGUGUCUGUCGUGGUCUAUCGGUCGCCGGGGGAGGGGACAAGGUAUCUACGCCCAAGGCGGUCGGCUUUAAUAUGGGUGGCGUCGAAACCUUUGGUUGGGAUGAUGGUCACGAUGACGACGGUGAAGGUGGCGGCUACGACUUUGGUGGUGACGACGAUGACGAUAUGAGUUUCGUUGCACCGCUCGAAGACAUCCGCAAGGUGGACAAGGUUCACGUGGGCUACGCCACGGUCGCCAAAAAGGUGGACGUCAAGCGACUCAAGAAAGACUUGUGGAUCGAGCUGGAAGCAAAACUGGCCGAGCCAGCCAAGCUCGGCGAACACAAGGAUCAUGACGCGGACGACAGCUCCAUGUCAUUGAGCGAUGCUGUGACCCCUUCUAAACCAUCACUGCCACUAUCCUUUCAAAAGGCCGUGCAAGACCUGGAAGCCACCAAAACGCAAGCAGACGUGACCUUGCCGUUUUACUUUAUUUGUAUUUUGCACUUGGCCAACGAAAAGGGACUGCGACUGGAUAGUCACGGUUUGGAAGAUUUCGGUAUUGUCUAUGAUGCAGCCGGGGUACCGUUGGCGGGGGUGUAG